AAGUGCGUGUGGGCGGGGCUUAAUCAUCAUAAGGGAAGGUUGUUUGUCUCACCUGAGCAGUGACACACACAUUCACUAAAACAGGACGUGUUCACAGGUGUAUCAACAGAAUGUCGUCGAAGCACAACGGGAGUCCUCCGCCCUAUGAUUAUGGAGAAGAGAGAUAUAACGUUGCUCCGCAGCCGGCGUACUCCUACUUUCCUGACGAUGAGUUCCAGCAUUUCUACCGCUGGACGUCUCCGCCGGGCAUCAUAAAGAUCAUGUGUGUACUAUCCAUCAUCUUCUGCGUGGGCAUCUUUGUCUGUGUGGCUUCCACUUUGGCCUGGGAUACCAAUGCAGGAGCUGCUGGAUUCGGCACUAACGGAGGAUCCUAUGCAGGCAGCUCCUAUGGCAGCUCCUAUGGCAGCUUUGGGGGUACGGGCUACGGAAUGGGCUCUGGAUAUGGGACAGGCUUUGGUUAUGGAAUUCUAGGCUCUCAGAACGACCCAAGGCAGGGGAAGGGCUUUAUGAUUGCCAUGGCGAUCAUCACCUUCAUCGCCCUGAUGGUCAUCUUCAUCAUGGUCAUCUCGCACCAGAGAGUGUGCCAGGGCAGGAAGUUUUACCUGUCCGUCAUCAUUGUCAGCGCCCUCUUGGCAUUCUUCAUGUUCAUCGCCACCAUUGUGUACCUGGUGACGGUUUACCCUAUGGCACAGACGUCCGGGUCGGUGCAGUUCAAUCAAGUGUACGCCAUGUGCGGCUCUUUCCAGAACUCUCAGAUGUCCGGUGCGUUUGUCAACCAGUAUCUGUACCAUUACUGCGUGGUGGACCCUCAAGAGGCUAUCGCUCUAGUUUUGGACUUUGUUGUCAUCGCGGCUCUCAUCAUCAUCAUGGUCUUCGCCAUUAAAACUCGUCAAAGAAUCAACAAUUAUGGGAAGGACAACAUCUUAUGGCGCCGUGUAAAAGAAAUCGAUGACCAAAACUCACCGCAGGAUGUGGAGGACUGGGUAAAUAAUGUGAAUGGAGCCCCUGAUGGUCUGCUGGCUGACUAUCCUGUCAAGUUUGGCUCCAGAAACGAUCUGGAUGACAACAGCACAAGUUACGAUAAACCUCCACCCAGUGAAAGUCCCGUGGAGAUUCAGAAGGAGCUGCCCGUCCGUAAUUCCGUCCCCAUGAGCAGCGGCUCUGAGAUGAACAGCUCUGUAGGUCGUCCCAAGAAGAGGCGUGCUGGACGUCCACGCACCGCUGACGGUCGCGAUUACGACGCGGACUAUGCUUCUUCAGGAGACGAGCUGGACGAUGAGGACUUCUUCAGUGAAUUUCCUCCCAUUGUGAAUACUCAAGAGAGAGACGAUUACAAACACCUCUUUGACCAAGACCACCAAGAGUACAAGGACCUGCAGGCGGAGAUGGACCAGAUCAACAGGCGUCUGGCGGAGGUGGACAGAGAACUGGACGGCCUCCAGGAGGGAAGCCCGCAGUUCCUGGACGCCAUGGACGAGUACAACGCGAUCCAAGACCAAAAGAGGAGCGGCGAUUACAAGCAGAAGAAGAAGCGGUGCAAAUACCUGAAGGCCAAACUCAACCACAUCAAGAAGAUGGUCAGCGAUUACGACCGCAGAUCCUGAAGGUCAGAGACGGACAGUAUUGAGAGCGCUCCUGUCCAGGCCUGAGUGCCUUCAUGGACAUUUACUAUUCAGAUGUGUGUUGAUCGUUGCAGUAUCUUCAUCGAAUCCUCCUUUAGACUAUAUUAAGAUGCUUCGUUAUUGUUCUUAAUGUGCCUCAUUAGCUGUUACAGUCGUUUCAGUUUAGUGUUUGUCUGUUUUUUAGAUAUAGAUAUAGAUAUUAAGUGGUUUCUUAAUGGGUACCGUGACCGUGCCAAAUCAUUUUAAAUGUUGGGGUGUUUUGAAAUCUCGAUGUUAAUCGUGUUGGUCGUAAAUUAAGCAGUGAUUGGUUACAGCUCGUCUUUUAAACUGUAUUUAUGUCGACUUUUUGACAUGCUGGUAUGUAAAUAUGUAAAUUAAACCUUUUGAUUUGUCCUUUCGUUCGCUUCAAUGAAAUCAUUUUUUAUUGCCGUCAUAUAACUAUAAGCGUUUACCAGCAUGUUAAGAGUGUGUGUUUAUUAGAAGUGUCGCAUAAAUCAACGACGUCUUAUUAAUAGUAGUUUCUUUUAGUAAUGAACUUUAAAUUUUAGCAACAACAACUGCAGUGGACGGCAUGUCGGAGUGGACAAGUGUCUUUUUAUUACUAUAUUUAGUUUGUUAAUGUCUUGAUGCUUCAAAUUCUGUCACUUUUAUAAUAAAAACGUUAACUAUA